GCCCCGCCCCCAACUGAAUGUGGUAAAAAGCUUCAUCGACAUUUCUCCAUGACCAGAUCUGCCGAGCCUCACACGGAGAACAAACAACAGUCCUUCGACUCACCGUUUGACCUUCACAGUUUCAAGAAUGGAGCGAGGUCUGAGCUUGCUGAUUGCCACAGUGAUUAUUUUCGUGGCUUCGGGAGUCCAAGCCCAAUCCUUUUCAUUCGCAAAUAAUACAGAGUUAAACAUCACUCUGGCAGGCUGCGGAGUCACUAAACUGUGCGUAUCGACACCAAGUCAAUGUAACCCUGCUGGAAACAGCAACUGCCUGUUCGGCUCAGUAAGGGCAGGCAACACUUCGGCUCUCAGCGGCACCAAUCUGACCUUUGAACUCAGUGGGGACUCCAGUGGAUACAUAGCACUGGGGCUCACUGUCAAUCCAAACCAGGGUACCGCUUUGCUUUACAUCUGUGUUCGAAACAGCUCUACCAAUACGACGAUCAUCUUCGAUGCACGGGACUGGAACAGCACCAAACCACUCAAUUCAGCACAGAAGCUUAACCAGACUGUGACAGCAAUACGAGGCAACGUAAAUGGUAAUAAGAUCCAGUGUGGGUUCACUCUUCCCGCUGUGAACUCCUCCACUGUGACCAGGAGCAGCAACUCCUCCACCACCUUCGCCAUCCUCCUUGGGUCCGGAAGCUAUAAUGGAGGUACUUUUGGGAACUUCAUUGUGAACCUGACCAGCAGUCUUCUGAACCUCGCCAAUCCAAGCGACAAUGUUGCAACACCCACCGCCAAUGCCACAGUGACAAACACAACAGGGGCUGGUGGUGCUCUUCACCCUCAUGCUGUGACACUCAGCAUCCUCACACUGUGCGUGCUGAAGAUGGCCUGAAAGAGUGACUCGAUGAUGAUGAUGAUACUAUGAAGAUUGCUGGCAGAAAAUCGGAGUGUCACGUUAUGUAUGAAGUGUUUACUGAACUAAUAUAGAAAUGUUUAAUGGAUCCUUUGCACUUUUUUUAAUAGUAAGAAAUGCUGAUUGCCAAAUACAGUACCAGUCAAGUUUCCAAACUUUUGACUGGUGCUGUAUGUCUAUUUUAUUUUUCUGUACAUGACUUAAACACAUGUAAACCUCAUGUUAGACAGGCUUUCUUUAAACAAUUUCCUAUGAAUGUACUGAUUGUAGACUGUGUUGAAAGCUAAGUGAACCUGAGGAUGAUAAUAAACUGAAACUAUAAUCUUA